GAGUUCCAAUCUUUUUGAAUAAAAACUAUUUUCUUUAAUGUUUGUUGACAGUUGGCAAUUGGAUAUAGAGUAUAUAUUCAAGUUUUACUACAUAUUACCAUGAACUUCCUCUUUCAAAAAACUUGUCUUUUAUCAAUUUUUAUUUUUGGAUUAAAAUAUCAGACAGUAUUGGCUCAAAAUAGAAUAAUUGGUGGACGUGAAACCACGAUCAAAAAUUUUCCUUAUAUGCUGCGUCUCCAAAUCGGCAGAAAAACUGGUGAUCUAAUGAGUGUUUGUGGUGCUUCAAUUAUUGGUAGAGAAUGGGGGCUUACUGCCGCACAUUGCUUUAAAAAUCGAAAUAUUGAUUAUAAUAAAAUAACGGUAAUUGCUGGUACUACUGAUAUAAAAUAUUUUGCAAGAACUGCAAGGCAACAUAAAGUAAUUAGGGUUAUUCGAAAUAAACAUUACCGGGUCAACAAAAGUAAUCGAAAAACUGGAGGUGACAUUGCUGUCAUUAAAAUCAGUCCACCUUUUACUUAUAAUAAAUUUAUUCAACCAAUCAAAUUGCCACAAAGAGGUCAAGCCUUAAAGACAAAUAUAGCAACAGUUUCAGGAUGGGGUCAUACUAGACCAGGUGGAACAGGUUCUAAUAGAUUAAGAUACGUUUCUGUACCAAAAGUAAAUACAGCAUAUUGCAAAGCACUGUACUACAGAGGCGGUAUAAGACUAAAACGAGGAGAAAUUUGUUACGGAUAUAAUAAUGGAAUAAUUGUUCACGAUAAAUGUCAAGGUGAUUCCGGUGGUCCACUCAUUAAUUCGGAUGGAAUAGAACUCGGAUUAGUUUCUUGGGGUGUCGAAUGUGGAACCUCAGGGUAUCCUGGAGUUUAUACUGACGUUCUUUAUUUUCGCAAUUGGAUAAAGCAAAAAACAGGAAUAUAAUUUAAAAAUUCCGCAUUAACAGAGAAAAAAAUACCAUCAACCUGAAUUCUCAAUGAUAAUAAGACAUUUAUGAAUUUACUUAAACGUUUUAACUGCAUUAAACUUUUUGUUUAUUUUAUAUUUUAGUUGUCAUCCAUAAAGCAUGUGGUGCUUUAGGAAGUAGGGAGGAGUCAGCAAAAUAUCACGCUACAUGUUAAUCGUUAAUGGAAAAAGCAUCACAAGGGUUGAGGUGGGGGGGGGGGGGGGUGUUAAAAUUUCGAAAAAAUGUAUCACAUAUACUUUAUGGAUGACCCCUUAUUAAUGAAGUAGGAAAAAUAAUUUCAUUCUAAAACUUGUUUGUAAGUCCAGUUAUAUGUAAAUA